AUGGCUACUGCUCUCCUCAGCCUCACUGCCAUUCUUCUCUCCCUUGCCUUCCCUCUUAUGUCACAAGCAGCCUCGCCCUCUCCUAUGGCCUCUUUGAUGACCGACAACCCUGAAGACUAUGAAGAGUAUAUAAUUGAUGCUCCGUUUCUCAACACUGGGUCGUUAAGGAGUCGAUUUCUCACAAGUAUUGUAAAGAAAGGCGCACAUUGUGAUGCUGUUAAAAACAAUAUUUGUAAUGGAGUUUCAGCAAACAACGGAGAGAGCCGUCUUUCAUGCUGCAAGAAGCAUUGUCGAAAUGUCCUCGGAGACAAGAAUAACUGUGGGCAAUGUGGGCACAAGUGCAGUUUCGGAGAGCGUUGCUGUGGGGGUACCUGCACCAAUGUUACCUUUAAUGCAUCUCAUUGCGGUCAGUGCAACAACGCAUGCACUUUGGGGGUUAAAUGUGAGAAUGGUUUAUGUGGAUAUACUUGA